CACCUUCAGUUCGAUUUAUCAGACUAUAGCGACGGAAUCUCUGACCUAGUAGUCGUAUGGGAACGGGAUGGCUGAAGGAGAUAGAGAUCUCGCCAGCCAGAUCUUUGGCGGCAGCGAGGUUGGGGCACGACCGACAGCGUCUCGCACAAACUCGAAUUCGAACGCUGUAGCCGGUCCUUCGAAUGCUGCAGCCAGUACCGAACAGAGUCAAACUCAGAAGAAGAAGAAGAUGAAGAAGAAGGAUAAGCAGGACGGGGAGGGGAAGAAGAAAAAGAAGAAGAAGAAGAGGAAGGAGAGAGAGGAGUCGUAUGACAGUCAGGACGAGGCUCCCGAUGAUGGGGAUUUGAACGCGGAGGAGUUUAUCGUCGAUGCGAUCCUACAUGCCAUCUACAAACCCUUUGCUGCGAACAGGAACCUGGGCGGGUGCGCUUGGCAUUACAUAUGCCUAUGGCACGGCUACCCUCCUUCCCAGACCUCGGACGAAGAUCCGAUUACGCAUGAUAUGUUCUCGCCGGGGUCUAUCUAUGUCGAAGAGUUCUGGAAGUAUUCGAGAGGACCUUUUGAGAGGCAAUACCCGACGAUUGCGCGGUCGAGUACGGCAAGGAAGGGCAAGCAUCCCAGCGAGCCGCUCGCGAAGAUGGGUGACAGCUGGGAGUGUCCACCUCAUCUGUUGAACAAAUGGUACCGCGAAGCCCGCUAUGCCUACCGAAAAGACCUUCGGAUCGCUUCUGCCAGAGUUAUAGAAAAGCCCAAAUCUCUCAAGUGGGCCGAUCGUAAGAAGAACAUGAUCAAGUGGAUCCGAUGGACGAACAUGAAGAUCGCGGAGACGGCUCAAGAUAGCCAGUCGCACGGCUUGAGGUUGUUGUCGGCGAAUGAAGAUGGGGACGGGGACUCGUCUAGCAGCGAGUACGAGGGAAGCAGUGACGACGAAGAGACGAGCGAAGAGGAGGCCUUGAUCAAGAAGGCCAAGGUGGACGAUAGGAAGAGGGAUAGGAGGGUUGAUAGCUCUCCGAGCAAGUCCGAUGGCGGGAGAAAGAGGAGGUUGGAGAGCUCUCCGAGUAAGUCGGAAGACGAGCGGAAGAAGAAGCAGAGGAGAGACCAAGAUCGAGGCAAAGGAAAGGACCGCGAGGGAGAGCGAAGCAGGGACCCUACGGUCACUCCUCGAGCCUGGUCCCCGGGGUUGUAUACAGCUGGAGCCUCUCCCGAAUCGAAGAAGAAGGAGGAGAAGCGUCAAAAGAUGGAGAAGCUCAAACGUCAGCGGGAACGAAGAGAACGUAGAGAAGAAGCCGAGAGAAAACGGAAGGAGGACGAGGCUUCGGACGUUAUCGAGAUCCCCUCGACUGCGGGAUCCUUUAUCGAGAUUCCCUCUACCGCGGGGCCAAGUACUUCGGGUUCAGCGAUAGGCACAGCAGGGACGACGAGUGGAUCGAAAACGAGGAAGGUCGUGGUAUCGGAUUCAGAUUCCGAUGAAGAUGUUCCGUUGAUCGUGCAACAGCCGGCGAUAAAGGCGAAUUCAUCUGUCCAUCUCGCUGGAUCGGCAAAGCCGAGCGCCAAGAUCAAUGCCAGUCCCAGCAACCCAAUCUCAGACCCGAGUUCGGCUGCGCCUGUCAGCGCGACGACGGGUGCUGUUGCAAGACCUAUCGCGGCCGUGACUAUCGCUACAGGACAACAACCCCUUUUCGAGGCAGAAGAGGAAGAGACACCAGUAGAAGAGAGCCGCCCGGCGGGAACGACUGGACAGAAAUACGCGCCGAUCUGGGCGAGGGAUUCUGCCCAGACACAAACCCAAACACGACCGAUGCCGCCGGCACAAGGACAGCCUCAGAUCCAGAUACAGAGCCAGAGUCGAUCGCAACCUCAGGUGCCGGUUCCAUCGUCAACGCAUGCGUCAGCGCAAACUCUCUCGACCGCCGCGCCAGCACAGGCUCUAUCCCCGACUCUAGCUCGACCCGAGCCUCUACCGCUUGCCCCUGAACUUCAGCCACCACAAUCACCCCGAACGCAGCCUCGAGAGCAACUGUUGCAGAGCUCAUCGGAGCGAUCGACAUCGAUAGUCCAUCUUCAAGAGACGAGAGAAUCGCAGACGGCUUCGACCGCUCCCGCAGCUUCCGUGCCUCAAGAUAAAGACGCGACGGCUGCAAUCAGAAUACCUGCAGUCACCAUCCCUCCUGCGGCAUCUUCAUCUCAACCAGCGUCCAUUGUUGUUCGACCUCCUCCGACAGCCUCUGGACCCACAAUAUAUCCCUCCCGCGCGCCGCUCGUGACACAGCCCUCCGGCCCUUCGACGACCAUGCCGCCGCCGACAACGGUCCCUCGUCCACCAGCCUCGUUCAUGGACAGGUCUGCGACGUCUGUUAUCAGACCUAGCGAUGGAACGUCCGCAGUAUUUGUAAGCGGAAGGAGCAAUACGGUACCUACUCCGCGUCGGAGCGAUCAGUCAGGCCUUUCACAGCCUGCUCGACCUACAACUUCGGUUGUUCGAACAACGACUUUGCGGGGCUUCAAGCUGCCUUGUCAGAUCGACAUACGGCUUCCGGGGAUGACGCAAAGGACGGAGUUGUUCGUUUCGGACCUGGCGGUACAACCGUUAUACACCGGCGUGACCCCGUCAGCAUUGUUCGCGGAACCGAGAUCGAUGAAGCGUCUCGUCAUCACGCGAUUGAUGGCUGCCGAUGUCAUCCAAGACCUACUGCUGAAUCGUGCAGUCAUUGCACACGCCAAGGUCCAGAUAGUCGAAGGACCGCAGUACGCUCACGGUAAUAGGAUGAUGGGAGACUUUUUGCGAGAGCUGGGUGAAGAGGGACUUCGAGAGGCUCGCUUCUGCCAUGUCGACCACGAAUAUUAUGGCGGUCUUCCAUAGCACAGGAUCGCCUUUCGCCACUGCGAUCAAAACACCACCUGAUCUGUUAGAGGCUCACGGUCUCAUGAUUGCAUUCAUCGCGUUCGAUCCCGCGAAUCACGGCACACCUUCUUCGGAAGUGCUUGAUACGUUCAAGGUCAUGGAAAGGGCUUUGCCCGCCGACCUCAUUCAUCCCGACAUCGUGCUCGGAAGCCUCGGCUUCACAACACCGUUCUUCGAACGUCUCCGUGGACGAAAAGUCGCCGUUGUCGCGAAA